AUGUCGUCCCUCCACCACCCUCGUCCCAUCGACGAUGAUCAGCCAGCCAACAAGCGUCGCAAGGUCAACACGUGUUUGCAGUGCAAAGCUCGUAAAGUCAAAUGCGACAAGGUCCGACCGCUAUGCGGGCCCUGUCAGCGUCGACGCAUCCCUGCCGACCGAUGUGUAUUUGCCGAUGAGGCCGACCCAGAGACGCUCCAACACUACUUGGGACCAGACUACGUCGCACAGCAGGGCUUUGAUAUGAACGAAGGUAUGGCAUCGCAGCCAAACACGUCCGCCGCAGGUCUGUUGGGCCUGCAGUCGCCUCACGCUCGCGCAGUACUGGACCGCUUAGCUCAGCAGAUGCGUCAAGGCCAAGCAACCAACGAUGAGCUUGCCGCAGCGUACGGUGCGGCAGGCCUACUCAAUGGUAAUGGUACUUCAGACGCAGCAGCCGCCGCCGCCGCUGCUGUUGCAGCCGGUGACCCUGCCUUGGCUGGUAGCUUGUUGGCGAGCGGUGCAACCGGUUCCAACGGCGAUGCCGCAGGCAAAGGUUCAGCAGACGCAGUCGGCUCGCUCUUGGCAGGUAACUUGUUCCCCUUUGCUUGUGAGCCCACGCACGACCGCACCAAACUCAUCCUGGGCCUGUUGCCCAACGAUCAUGUCGUCAACGUGCUACUCGACAGUCUGCGCACUUUUGAGUCCAAAUCUCCCCUCGGCAUCAGUUGGCGUCUCAUCCGCGUGCAAUUGAUCAAUCUCCGUGGUGAUAUCUCCGACUGGAGGACGGGCCAGGUGGAAGAGCCCGAUGUCGAUCUUACAUUUUUGGCGCUCCUCUUUGAGCUAAUGGUAUCAGCCAUCGACUGUAAGCCGAUCGACGAGAUCAUCAGCGAAGGUAUCGCCCUGACCGCAGAGCAGGUACCGGACAUGACCGACCAGUGGCAUGCCACCUGCCAAGCUCUGCUUGCUAUGAGCAACUUUAGUCACGAACCCAACCUCAACACCGUCUGCACCGAGUUCCUUUUCUACCUCUACGAGCUUCGACGUGGGCGGUCGAAAGUUGCUCUGGAUCAUCUUCGAAGUUCGUUUCAAAGCGCACAAAGAAUCUGCAUGCAUCAGAUGGAUUCGGCACAAGACGAUGCUGUACGAUGGCAAGCGACUGCCGAAACGGACGAUCUCACCAUCCGCACGGGCGCCGUCACAGCGAUGCGCAAGGCACAGUUCGAGGGUGGUGACGUGUUUGCGAUCGGUGAAGAGCAGAACCUUCUGGAUUCGAUUCGCUCCCUUUCUACCCUGCGUCGGCGCGAGCUUCUGCAGACCAACAUUCCCGAUCGCACGCAUCUUGUUCGAGAAGCAGCACGCAUGCUGUGGGUGUCGAUCACUUGGCAUCUUGAGCUCGUUACACCGCCGUGGCCGCUCGGCGAGCGCAUCGACGAUGCCAGCUGGACUACGAGGCUGAGCCCCAUUGACGAAGCGCAUCUUUCGGACGGUGAAACAGCGGCUCUUCCAACAGGCUCCAAUCUGAACUCCAUCUCGACGCUCUUUUUCCAGUUCCUCUCUGCUUCGACAAGCUUCUUGCUGCACCAUCCACCAUUCCAGCGAGAUCAGGAGGCGGCAUCGACGGAACUGCUCAGCACCAUCACCGAGUGGAACAGCAUUGCCGAUACGCACCUUGGCCGCCUGCGCGAACAAGCUGGUGACGGCCGAGCGAUGCUGCACCAUUUCGCGCUUGUCAUCCAUCACUGGACGCGCAUCCGACUGCUGCGACCCUACCUGGGCCAGUUGCAAGGAUCGUCAUCGCUCGCAGCUUCGCGCGCCACGCUCAUCGCGUCGUGCAGCGAAGCGCUGUUGCAGGUGCAAAAGAUCAUCGCCAAGGCCGACGUCGACCUCUCGAUCUUCCAACCCGUCGUCACGGCGGUCAAAGUCGACGCGGCGCUCAUCCUCGCGCUCCACCUGCUCCACUGUGCUGGCUCGAACGACACCAACUCGACGCAGGAAUGGAGGGACACGCGCAAGCUCGCCAAGACGUCGCUGCUGCUCAUGUGGACACACGCGGCGGAAGCGGCACCGCAUCGGCUGGGCAGCAUCCCGCCAUGGCGCAAACACAUGCGCCAGCUGGUCGAGGAGGUUCUGCUGGCAGCCUUCGAGCGCAAGAAGACGACGCUGCGGGAGCAGCCGCGCGUCAAGAAUGAGGAGGGCGAGGUGGUGGGCGGGUCAGAGCUGGAUAGGGAGGAUCGGCUGGAUGCGCAUUUGGGUGCGUUGGGCGACCAUGUCGCGCUCAAGGUGUAUAGGGAUCGAUUGUUAGAUGGUGGCCAAGAAAGCGGGGACAGACUGCCGUUGUUCUUUGAUGUUUUGGAUGGGUAUCUGAGGUCGCUUUGA